UCGGCACAAUCGCAUCUCCUUCCCUCGACCAGACCUCUACCUUUAUUCCUCUUGCUGUUGAUCACACGCUGCAGAGUUGACUUUCAUUCCUGACUGGAAUAAUAUGUUUCUCCGACCAGACGGAUCUUCUAUCCCUACGAUGGAAAUUGAUGUGUGUGACUGAUUGAGGAUAACAAUGAAGGCAGAGUGAUACAUCUCCUACAGCUACAACCUAGUUUUCUCCAUUUGCGCUCCUCGAAGGAUACGGUGACCUUCACAUAUGCUGCCAGCUUGACAAGCUUGCACCAGGUAAACUGAAAGGUUGUUCCUUGUUGCCAAGGACAACACAAAGAAACGAGCAUUUUAAAGAGACUUGGUGUCAUCUGAAAAACAGACCUUUGGUGUGGCAACAAAUGACAGUGUAUUUGUGAAGUUAACGGCACUAAGUGCAUACUCCAUACGGACUAAUCUGCUGAGGAGAAAAGGACCAGGAUGAAAGAACUGCUUUUUGUUUUUUGUCUCUUAACGGGACUUGCGUCGGCGGGCUCUGUUCACAUGUCUAAGUGGACUGGGGCAUGUGAAAAUCUGUGCAGAUGUGGAAUCCAACCCUGGUUUUCUCCUUUGUCACUUUAUAUGGAGGCAUUAACUGUCGACUGUGAUGAUCUGGGAAUUUUAUCUCUUCCAGAAAAACUUCCCUCAGAUACACAGGUGCUCCUGGCACAGAGCAACAACAUUGUCAUUAUUGAAAAACCUUUGAAUUAUAUAGUUAACCUAACGGAAGUCAAUCUAUCUCAGAACAACAUAUCUUCUCUUAGUGACAUCUAUCUGGGUCACCUUCCUCAGCUUUUGUCCUUGCACUUGGAAGAGAACCGAAUAACCAGCCUUCACGACAACUGCCUCGAGCACCUACCGAACCUCCAAGAGCUUUACAUCAACCACAACCUACUCUCGCUGAUCACUCCAGGGGCUUUUCAUGGUCUCAACAAACUUUUGCGUCUCCAACUCAACUCAAACCAGCUGAAAGUGAUCACCCCAGAGUGGUUUCAUCCGCUCAACCAACUGGAGUUAUUGAUAAUAGGAGAAAAUCCCAUUUCCCAAAUACAAGAUAUGAAUUUCCAGCCACUAAGCAAUCUUCGCAGUCUGGUACUGGCAAGGAUGAACCUCACUGAAAUACCUGAUAACGCUCUCGUUGGUCUUCAUAAAUUGGAAAGCAUUUCGUUCUAUGAAAAUAAGUUUGCAAAGGUGCCGCAGGCUGCACUCAAAAAAAUCCAAAGUCUGAAGUUUCUGGAUCUCAAUAAGAAUCCUAUCGAGAGAAUUAAUCGAGGAGACUUUGUGGAUAUGAUCCAUAUGAAAGAACUGGGUAUCAACAGCAUGCCAGAUCUGGUUUCAAUUGACAGCUUUGCUGUUUCCAACUUGCCCGAACUUACAAAGAUUGAGGCAACCAACAACCCCAGACUAUCAUAUAUCCAUCCCAAUGCGUUUUAUAACCUGCCCAGGCUUGAGACUCUGAUGCUAAAUGAUAAUGCUCUCAGUGCACUUCACCGUGUUACAGUAGAGUCCUUGCCCAACCUACAGGAAAUAAGCUUGCACUCCAAUCCAAUUUACUGUGAUUGCGUUGUCCGCUGGAUCAACAUGAACAAAACAAAAAUCCGCUUCAUGGAGGCUGACGCUCUCUUGUGCAUGGGACCCCCAGAGUUCGAGGGCCGCCACGUCCGUCACAUACACUUCCGCGAAAUGAUGGACACCUGCCUCCCAGUUAUCUCUCCAGAAAGCCUUCCAGAACGCAUCGAUGUGGAUGUCGGCCGCUCAGCGUCGUUUCACUGCAGAUCAUUUGCAGAACCCAAUCCGGAAAUCUAUUGGAUCACCCCUUUAGGAGAAAAGAUCCUACCGAGAAUGGCUUCAAGCAAGUAUUUGGUGCAUCCGGAGGGAACACUGGACAUAUUUAACAUUUCUGAGAGUGAGGCUGGUCAGUACACCUGCGUAGCCCACAAUCUCAUAGGGGCAGAUAUGAAGUCGGUUGUAAUGGUAGUGAAUGGGUACUAUCCGGAAAUUUUAAAUGGAUCCUUGCACGUACAAAUCGACUCGAUACAACCCCAUUUUGUAAAAAUAUCUUGGGUACCACCUAAGAGCAGCUUCGUGUCAAAUAUCAAAUGGUCUACCACUACUUUGCGCUUAACGGCUCGUGUACCGUCCGACGUAAAAAAUUUUAAUCUGACACACUUGCAGCCACUGACACAAUAUGAGGUAUGUGUUGAAAUAACAGAUCUGCAAAGAGGGCAUUUAGGUAAUUGUAUUAAUGUUAGUACCCUCGAGCAAACUGCUCCGGUGAGCAAAUCUGACAGGGGCAAAAUGGUAAUGAUCAAUGCCAUUGGUCUGCUUUUGAUAGCAUCUGCUGUGACAUGUUCACUCAUCUACAAGUCUCUGAAGAGUGAUCAUCUUUACAGACGGUUAAGUAACCAACAAACAGGUACACCACAGGCUCCCAGCCCCUGCCCCCAUUCCAACCUUACGCAACUCGCGAGGUCCAAAGUGGAUGACUAUGUUUUGGACUUAAACAAUGCUAUUUAAGACACUCUUUAAGAAAGAACCAUGGUGGGAUACAAUGGACACAAGGCUGUGUGACUCCCACUGUCUGAAUUUCUGCUGGAACAUUGCAGAAGGAAAUCAGAGGCAGAUCAGGAGUCAUCGUCCCUCCCAGAACGUUUUUUGUGACAUAGUCUCAACUCAACACCUCCUUUAGUGUAAAUGUCACAUGUGGGAAUCAAUAUUCUCCAGAUUGAUCUGCCUGGAGAGCACUGUUCCUUCAGGCAGGAUCAAGGCACAAAACAUAAAAAGGUUGUGUCCAGAUGCCUGACUGUUCAUGUAUAAUGCAACUCCACAGUGGCUUUUGUUUCUAUUGUGGGCUUGUAGCAAUACUCUUUGCUCUGUCUCAGUGGGAAAGUAAAAAAGUAAACUUUACAAUCCACUAUGUUCAUAGAGUAGAUCACAACACGAUGUAUAACACUUUGUGGAAAAAAUAAUACAUUUAUACAAAAAAAACUGUGACUUUUUUCCCCUAUUUUUUAGAACAAGACUCAUUAACCAGUUAAACAAACAUGAUCUGCAAUUUCUUUAUGUUAUAUUCCUCAUGAAUUGAUGCUGGUUUUGUUUUCUUUCAGAACCUAUAAUAUAACUUGCGUAAAAGAAUGCAAUCUUAACGUCACACAGCACAAACACAUAUCAAAUGUCUUGGAGGAAAAUGGCUUCAGCUCCCAUCUUGUGGUUGUGAAAUUAUUGAUGGCUUCACGUGCGUGGCUGAAGACUGGAGAUGUAUAAAAGUGGAGCUGGUAAAAAGGAAAUAGGGGCUAUCACAAAACCUAUUGACGUUAAAUUUCAUUAUAUUCUUUUUCAUUAAAAAUCCAAUAUGAAUUCCCAAUCGCCAAACACCCACAGGUGAUGAAUCACCGUCACAAUUCGAAUGAUUUGGGGGAUUUAUCAGUCAGGCAUGGAUAUAUAUCACAGGAGGGGUUUCAGCACCAUGGACAAGGCUUUUAAAGCUCAGCUAUUUGUCAUAGAUGCAGAAGCUGAAGCAUGAAUCAUCAGAGCGGGAGGUAGUGGAUAGGUCAGCAAGAACACGAUGCAGCUGGACUUGACUUCCUGCUAUGACCCUGCUGAGGCUGAUCACCUUAAUGGACACAGAUCAGCCAGUAGGGUGCUCAUUUGUCAGGAAUCACACUGGGCAUGAGUAGGACAGGAAACGAGGCAAAAUGGCUGUGUGGCAAAAAAAAUAAAUAAAAAAAAUCAGGCUCUUCUCAGGCUGAGAGGUUAUGUUGCCUUCCAUCGGUAAACACAGUAAACAAUACAGUAAUUCAAAAAAAGUCCUUGACUAGAUGACUAGUAGUCUAAGUUCAGUUAACUCAUUGUCAUGUAACAGUCAUGUCAAACCACACUGCAACUAACAGCCAUAUACAGACUACAAAUACACUUUCCUGCUUUAAUCUAGCUUCAAAAUAAAUAAACGAGUCAAUUAAUAUAUCAAUUUAUCAUACUAAAAGCUGUCAGCUCAGCUGGAAUUGUUGUUUUUGAAAGUGUGUCGCAUGGAGGCACUUUAUAGGUUAACAGUGGAUAGAGGAUGUAAUGUCUAGAGCAGAGACUAAAAGGUUUUCUAUUCAAAUCCUGCAGCUGUAAAGCCCAAAAAUGAAUCUAUGUCAGCCUCUUUGAGCUGGCACGCACCACCGAUCAGAUUCGAAACUACAGUAGCUGAGAAGGAUUGGAUAGUGAUGUGCAACCCAAGGCGCUUUUUGUCUUUUAUACAUUUCUGGUCAUGAUAAAAUAAACCUUGUCUCAGUGUUAUAAUUUUAUUUAGGUUUAACGGGCGACAAAAAUUACUGACAAAAGAAUUCCUUUGGGAGCUGACAGGAGUAGGAUUAAAACGCACACCUCUCCACUAUAUGCAAUGAAAGUAUUACCAGGCCAUUACAGCUAUCAGAGCCUUUUACAGUGUAGUUGACACUAGACUUGGCUUUAUCUAAAAUGUCUAAAUAGAUUCUGAAUGUGAAAUAUUUUUAGACAAACUAAAAGCACAGUCUGCUGUUUUAGUAGGUUUUUUUUUUUUUUUACAGCCCCUACGUUUUUCCAAUGUUCCCUAGUAGCACCCCAACAAGUAAACGCCUAGUGAGUGUAACAAAAGAAAACUGGGUAUCAUGCCAUAAAAUCAGUGUUAAACAAACAAUAUAUAAACAGCAGUG